UCCAAACCAGACUCCUUCGCCACCUUCAAUCAUCCUUUUCUGUGGUUUUGGAGAAAAUUGGAGUGCGGCGAGUGCCGCCGCCGCUAUUCCAGUGGCCUUCGCUCCAUUGCGAGGAAGGUCAACAUAAUUUUCCCCAAUUCCAGCGCUGCCUUCUACCUCCAGUUGCUCUCACAAUCCUUCAAAAUCUCUUCUAAAAUUCCGCCCAAAUCUCAUAAACCAAUUGCUAUUUCUACCAAAAAGCUUCAAAUCUCGCUUUGAUUCUUCCGAAUUCGGUGGCGUAUGUGUCUUCGUUCUAUCCGAAUUGCUAGAAUUUCGUGGACAAGAGCUCAAUAAUUCGAAAAUAUGUUGGCUGUAGCGCCAAAUUGUGUUAAUCGUAGCUCGUUGGAGAGAAUGUUGGAGGCUCUCCAGCGAAGGGACGAGAGCGGCGAGCCGGACGUCCCUCCUGCGCUGCCGCGACGCGCCACCCCUCGCUCUCGCCUCCCGUCGGCUAAGAGGCGGCUAUCUGUGUCCAUGAGCGAUACAACCGGGGCGAGAUCGGGAUUUUGUGUGAAGAAUGGGAAGAUUAGAGGAAAUGGAUUUCGUGAUACAGAAUUGGAAUUAGGCAAAUGGUGUUAUGUAGAUGAUAAGAUAAUUGAGAAUUGUCCUCCUCAUAAGGUUGGUUUCCUGAAGGGUCUUAGGCAACAAAUCCUUCAAGGUACUCCUGAGGUGCAGAAGAAUUUGGUUAAUCAUCAAUACCUCCAAGAACUCAAUCAAAUAGCAGUCACAUUGCAAUCAUAUGUUCGUGGUGCGAUUGCGAGAAAGGAGUAUAGUGCCUUGCUCGCGAUGAAAAAUCAGGUGAAGCUAGAUGAGAUGAUGAUUGUGCAAUUACAGUCAGUAAUUCGGGGAUGGUUGGCGAGAAGGCAUUUUUGUCGUCUCCUGAAAUGGAUAGAGUCAGUUCGCGGAAAAGUAGAAUCAGACAUGAGCAUUUCUGAAGUGGAGAAACUGCCUCCGGAGAUGUUGCCACUCGUUGUUGGAGAACUCCAAAAGAGGGUGUUAAUGGCAGAAGAAACUCUCGAACAGAAAGAGAGAGAAAAUGCAACCUUUAGAGAGCAAUUGCAACAAUACGAGGAGCGUUUGGCAAAGAUGAAAUCCAUGAUGUGGCAACAAAUGGAUUUGGCCGCAGCAGAAAAGAAUGUCGCUCGAGAUGGAGGCCAGCCACCUUGUCCUUACGGAAAGACGAGUGAAGGUUUAAAACAUGGCACCAAUGAGCUGGUGAAAAGGAAGGUAAGUUAUAAGGAUGGAAACCAUGCUACCGUAGAGAAACUGCAAAAGUUGAAACGCGUGAUCAAGGCAUGGGUGAAGGGGAAAAAAUCAAAAAUACACUCAAUAGGGCAUGGUGAGGCUGAUGGUCAUCCGAAGAAAUGGUGGGGAAAGAAACGCAAGAGAUCACCGAAUCACGGGCGAGAUGGAGAGCGAGAUCGUCUCAUACACAUAUCUUGAUCCCAAAGGCUAUUCUUGAUCAACUUGACCCUGUUCCAUUUCUUGUUCUAUGUUCUUGUCAAUAUUAUUAUGACCGUGUAUUUAAUGUGAUUAUUAAUAAGGGCGCUCAAGUAAUUUGA